UCGUUUCUGUCAUCAUUAUUUCCUGGCCUUUUCUAGUUUUCUCAUUGCGGUGUCGCAUUUUUAUUAGUUGACAGUUUUUCUCGUCUAAUUGCUAGGCAACAGAUUUUCAUUACCUAAACAACCCAAAUUUACUCGUGUUUUUCAUGUGACUUCAUUGUAAACGUUUUUAGUCCACGUAAUUAAGACGUCGGCGUUUUCUCCUGGGCAGAAUGUAUUUCCUAAGUCAAUGAAAAAACCGGGGAAAUGAAAGCUCCCCUUUAAGUACUUAACGAUGGUCAAAAACGGUGUCGAAGUGGUCAUCUCGGUCAUUCUGCUCACAUCUACCGGCCUGCUGUUCUUAAUUAACCGGUACGUGUCGCUCUCGCAAGUCUUUGCCGAUCCCAAAUUCGAAUAUAACUGGAUCAUCUUCGGUUUCCACAACAUCUUGGGAUACUCGACCGUAUUGCUACCCGGCUACCUCGUUUAUAGAUACAUUCACAAAAUUAACUACUUCAAUAAGGCGGGACACAACGGCCUAGCGUUUGUUAUCCGAAAAUGCUUCGAAAGCGACGACACUAUCGACUGCGCAAACUUGGCCGUCUCGAACGUGCCGCAAUCGCGCACGCUUCUGCAGGACGGUUUACUGCUCAUGUUCUACUUCGUCGGUCUUCAGGCGUCGUUUUUAACGUGGGGCGUCUUACAGGAGAAAGUGAUGACACAAAAGUACGAAAAUGCGGAUGGCGGCACAGCACAUUUCACCGACUCUCAGUUUUUGGUCUUCGUCAAUCGAAUUCUCGCCUUUCUGCUGUCGGGGUUCGUGGUUUUGUGCACGAGACAGCCGACGCAUCGGGCGCCGCUUUAUAAAUACGUGUACUGUUCGUUGUCCAACAUUUUAAGCUCGUGGUGUCAGUACGAGGCUUUGAAGUAUGUGUCGUUUCCGUACCAGGUACUGGCAAAGGCGACCAAAACGAUACCCGUCAUGAUUCUAGGAAAAAUAAUCUCCAAGACAAAGUACGAAUCGUACGAGUACUUGACCGCCCUCCUCUUAUCACUUGGAAUGCUCUUCUUUAUGUUCGACACCGGAAACGAUAGCAAAGGUUCUAGCACGACGACACUCUCCGGUGUUUUCUUGCUCUGCUCGUAUAUCGCGUUCGACAGCUUCACGUCUAACUGGCAAGGCUCGCUGUUCAAACAGUACCACAUGAAACCGAUCCAGAUGAUGUGCGGCGUCAAUUUCUUCUCGUGCAUUUUCACCGCGAUCUCCCUGCUCCAGCAGGGGGGAUUAUUAAGGUCCGUGCGAUUUAUGCUCGAUUAUCCCGCGUUCAUGUUCGAUUGUUUCCUGCUGUCGUUGUGCUCGGCGACCGGGCAGCUGUUCAUAUUUAAAACGAUCGCGACCUUCGGCCCGCUAAUCUUCGUCAUUAUAACCACCAUGAGGCAGGGCUUCUCCGUUUUACUCAGCUGUAUUAUAUACGGCCACGAGAUUCACGCCGUCGGGAUAGUGGGAGUGUUUGUGGUGUUUUUCAGUAUUUUUCUUCGUAUUUAUUGCGGCCAUAGGAUCAGGACGAAAAGGAAAAGGGCGCAGACCGCCGCCGAUCUGAAGAUAUGAUCUAGGUAGAUGAAAGACCAAACUCCACUGUGUGUAGAUCUGUCGUUUUUACACAAGAUGCAAAUAAAUAUUUUGCAGUUAUG